UGAAAUCAGGACUCCCAGCAAAGAAUUUAUCCUUAAGGCUAUCAGUAAACAAGCCAUGAUGUACUGGUUGCAGCAGUUACAGAUCAAGCGUUGGGAGUUUUGUAAUAACCAGCCUUGGAGUUUGGUAGAGGAUGCGGUGAAUGAAGCCCAGUUCAGCUACUCUGAGGCGGAACACGAUUUUUUGCCCCCUGUGAAAACUCCCACUGAUGCGGUUGGCAUAAAGACAGCUUUCCAGCUUGCUCCCCAGCCCUCCGUAUCCUUUCAGAACAUCUCCCUCAAGCACCCGUGGAUUGAAAUACAGAACACCGUGCAUAAUCUUUGUGGCAGCCGGCCAAACCGAGGAGACUGUGGUGGUAUGUUUAAUUCCGAGGAGACCCAAGAAAAUUUCGAAAUCCUAGCUGAGGAAGAGCAUGUGGAAGCAGAAGCUGAGAAAACAGCCAGUCCAGAAACCCAAGAAAAUACAAGGAUGAAGACCAAGCCUGCCGUGACUCGAAAAACCAAAAAAGGAAACGGUGCUUUCUCUCGCUUUGCAGAAGGGACAGGACAGGAGAAAGUAGCCUCCUUAAAGCAUCAAGCUUUAGUCCUCACAGAAGAAGUUAAAUCCCAGAAGGAACUGGUUAAACUUCUCCACAAAGCUCUGGAGGCAGCACAGCAAGAGAAACGGGAGUCCUGCCGGUACCUGGCUGCCACUGAGACAGACAGGCUGGAGCUGGUGCGGCACAAAGUCAGGCAGAUUGCAGAGCUGAACAAGCGGGUCGAAGCGCUGGAGGUGGAGGGGAAGGACCUGGAGAACCGGCUCGCUUUGAAGGAAGAGCACGUCGAGGAACUGGAGGCCCACGUGCAGCUCCUGAUGGAGAAGAAUCAGGCCAAGCAGCAAGUCGUCCUGAAGCUGACGGAGCAGCUCAGCAGGGAAAUGUUGGACUCUCCUGGGGAGGCAGAUUCCAUUGCCGCAGAGACCUUGUACAAGCAGCAGGAAGAGAUUGAACAUUUGAAGGAUGAUCUAGAAGCGUAUAAAACUCAGAACCAGUUCUUGAAUUCUGAAAUCCACCAGGUUACUAAAAUCUGGAGCACGGUGGCACAGAGGGAGAAGAUCCUCCUGAUGAAAUGUGCUCGCUUGCAAGCCCACAACUGCCAGAUGGAGAGCAAAUACCUGAUGAUGUUGCGGAAGCUGCAAGGACUGCCGGACUUGGCCAGCGACCAUGCGGAAAUGGUGAAGGGCCUCAUCCAGGAGGCGCUGCAGUGGGGCGUGAAGGAGGAAGCCACCGUUCCUGUCCAGCAGAGCCCAAUCAAUCAAUACGAUGACUAUGGGUUUAUGACAGUUCCCGACUAUGAAGCCGAAGACUGGAAGCUGCUGGCAAAAAUCCAGGCAUUGGAGAUCAAGUCCAGUCACCUCCUGAACCAGGAUGCUCUGGAGAAACCCCUUUCCGAGCGGUGGAAUAGCCUCGGGGAACUGAUUCCUUCCUCGGAGUUAAAGAGUCUGCUGCGCUGCGGUGUCCCGGUAGAGCACCGCCAGAGAGUCUGGAGAUGGAUCGUGAGUCACCGGGUGCAACAUAUCCGUUCUCCUGGCCACUACAAUAACUUGCUCAAGCAAUGUGAGGUUGCCGAUCAUCCGGCUUCCCGGCAGAUCGAGCUGGAUCUGCCCCGCACGCUGACCAACAAUAAACACUUUACGUCACCUACCUCCCAGCUUGUUCCCAAACUCCGAAGGGUUUUACUGGCGUUCUCCCGACAAAAUCCCACCAUUGGCUACUGCCAGGGAUUGAACAGGUUAGCAGCUGUAGCCCUGUUGGUCCUAGAGGAGGAAGAGAACGCUUUCUGGUGCCUAGUCCACAUUGUCGAGAACCUAAUGCCUCUGGAUUACUACAGCAACACGCUGAUAGGCUCACAGGUCGACCAAAGGGUCUUCAAAGACUUUUUGUCAGAGAAGCUUCCCAGGCUGACAGCUCACCUGGAGCACCACCGGAUCGACCUGGCCCUUGUGACGUUCAACUGGUUCCUGGUUGUCUUUGUAGACAGUCUUAUCAGUGACAUCCUCUUCAGGGUCUGGGAUGCCUUCCUGUAUGAAGGGACAAAGGUGAUAUUCCGUUAUGCUCUGGCGAUCUUUAAAUACAACGAAGACGCGAUCCUGAGGAUCCAAGACAGCCUGGAAAUUUACCAAUACCUUCGGUUUUUCACCAAAACGAUAGGUGACAGCAGGAAGCUGAUGAACAUUGCCUUCAGUGACAUGAAUCCGUUUCCCAUGAAGCUGCUGCAAAACCGGCGCGGAGCGCACAGGUUGAAAUUGGAGGCCGAGCUGAGAGAAUUGGAGAGGAUAAAAGACCAGUACGUGAGGGAACAGGCCGAACACGUGGCCAGUCACCUGGAUGGUGCUGUGAGCGAGGACGAAGAGGAGGGGUAG